AUGAGUGCUGAAGCUGAAAUGGCAAAGUGCUCACUGAAGGCUCAUAACACGCAUUAUGAACUGCGGAUAACAGUUGAACGUAGUUACAGGCGGCCAUGGUACUCUGAACUCGAAAGUGCUCUUCCUGGAAGGCGGCAUAUCCGGUUUGGAGGCCUUACUUUCAGACGGACGCAGGACUCGCUCAGUGAGAGGGAGCGAAAAAAGCAUCUUCCCAAGCGACAACGCAAGUCACCUUCUAUCCCAUAUCCACCUCCAUCUGAAGCUGAGAGUGAAGAUGAUGGUGACUCACUGAGCACCUCAUUUGUAUUUCAGCCAUCUGAUGAGGAGGAGGAAGUCACUAAACUCAAAGCUGGACCUUCAAUCCAUUGGCUUGGCUCCAAAGCUAAGAAAUUGUUGUCAUCUUCUUCAACACAAACACAUUCCAAUCCCUCCUGUUUCUGGAGUACUCCUGACCUGACAAAAGUCCAUGCUUCAAAGCAUAUUCUUGAGCCAAUUCUCAAUUCUCCUCAUCCAUCCCAGCAACCAAGCCUCUCAAAACCAGCUUGUACUUGUGAGUGCACCUGUCACAGCAUUUUGUUGGCCAUGAUGAAGGACGUCAAGCAUGAACAAGGACAAAGGCUAACUGUGAUGGAGCUACAAGUCCAGUCACUUAUUAACCACUUUGGCCUUAGGAAUAAAACCUCUUCCUUUAUGGGUCAUGUGAAUCUCAGAUUAAAAAAACCAGAAGUGUCACUGUUCUCUGAUUGCAUAAAAGCAGACAAGGGGUAUCGAGAAGAAUCAAUAGCUAUUCUGGAAUCUACUAUCCGAAAUAUGGAACGGAAGAAAGCAGUUUCAACUCUCAUGCGUCGACUCAUGGAUGAUGGAGCUGCCCUUCACUUUGCUUGCAAGUCCACAAGACACAAGGAGAAGCAGGUCCGUACAGAGCUGGGCAUCUUUGACCUCAUCAAUGGGAAAGCUGCUUCCAUGUCUCAACAAGAGAGAACCAUCUUUGUUGGUGACUGGCUUCGGCAGGCUAAGCAGCGCCUUCAUCAGAAGGAACGUGCCCAAAUUCAACUAGGUGCAAGCGUGAUGGAGGAACCUAGUGAUUCCGUUUCCACGUCUACACCGGAUAAUCCGCCGGACCCACCAAAUCCGCCAGGACCGCAACCAACCCAGGGGAAUUGAGGUGGUGGCUCCAGGCGAUUGGAGUUGCCAUGGGGAUCCAAUGAUCAACGAAGAAAGAGCUGCAGUGAACAACGAUUUUUCAUAUUUUCUGGAGGAGAACAGAGGAGAUUGUCUACUGCACCACAUGAAGUCAUAUUCAUUCAAUUUAUUCUGAAUAAACUGAUCCCCAAGAAA